CCCUCUCUGAUGAUGGCUCUGAUCAUCCAGCAUUGAGAGAUGAUUGAACCUGCAGUCAAGGAAAGAUAAAAACUCUGUAACACGUUAGAGAGGAAGCAGAAAGAAAGUACAUCUUUUCAGCGGUAAAUAUGUGGAAGCUCAAGAUUGCUGAGGGUGGACCAUGGAUCAAGAGUGGUAACAAUAACAUUGGAAGAGAAACAUGGGAGUUUGAUCAAAAUUUUGGAUCAAAUGAAGAGAAGGAGGCUGUUGACUCUGCACGGGAAGAAUUCCAGAAGAACAGAUUCCAAAUGAGACACAGCUCUGAUAUUUUGGCUCGCAUGCAGUUAGCAAAGGAGAACAAUUUCAGCCUUGUACAGAAAGCAAAAGGUGAAACUCCUGUUGAUAUUAACCCAAACACAGUAUCAGAGAUACUGAGGAAAGCACUCAGUUACUUCUCAGCAAUACAAGCACAUGAUGGGCACUGGCCAGGGGAUUUUCCAGGACCAUUAUUUACUACAGCAACCAUGAUUAUAGUUCUGUAUGUCACAGAGUCAUUAGGUAUUACACUAUCGUCAGAACACCGCAAAGAGAUUAUUCGUUACCUGUAUAACCGUCAGAACGUAGAUGGAGGAUGGGGCUUACAUGCAGAAGGUGAAAGCUCCAUGCUCAGCACUGCUCUCAACUAUACUGCUCUAAGGCUACUAGGUCAGAGUGUUGAUGAUGGACCAGAUAUGUCCAUGCCUAAAGCAAGAAAAUGGAUACAUGAUCAUGGCGGUGCAACAAUGAUUCCAAUCUUGGGGAAAGUCUGGCUCUCGGUGCUUGGAGUUUUUGAAUGGUCCGGUGUAAAUCCCAUCCCUCCAGAACUGUUUCUUCUUCCAUCAUUGGUUCCUGUUCAGCCAGGACGUUUGUGGAGUCACUUCAGAAUGGCUUUCAUUCCCAUAUCCUAUUUAUAUGGCAAGAAAUUUGUUGGACCCAUAACAAGAUUGGUUAUGUCAUUAAGGGAAGAGUUACAUAUUCAUCCCUAUAGAAAGAUUGACUGGAAGAAAGCACGUAAAUUAUGUGCAAAGGAAGAUGUGUAUAAUCCACAUACGUGGCUACAGGAGUGCCUAUCUGACUGCCUUUACAGUUUUGGUGAACCUUUCCUCACACAGUGGCCAAUUUCCUACAUGAGAAAGAAAGCCCUCCAACAAAUUGCUGAGUUCUUGAAAUAUGAAGAUGAAAACUCUCAGUAUAUCUGCAUUGGUGCUGCACAGAAGGCAUUAUCCAUGUUGUGCUGUUGGAUUGAAAAUCACAAUUCAGACGCAUUCAAGAGCCAUUUGGCUAGGGUUGCUGAUUUCCUAUGGGUUGGAGAAGAUGGCAUGAAAGUGCGGGUCUGUGCUGGUCAAUUAUGGGAUGUUGCUUUCGCUGUUCAGGCGAUAUUAGCUUGUAACAUUGCAGAAGAAUAUAUAAAUACCCUCAAGAAAGCACAUAACUUCAUAAAAGCUUCCCAGAUCAUGGACAAUCCUUCUGGUGACUUCAGCAGAAAGUACCGCCACAUAUCUAAAGGAGGGUGGGCCUUCCAGGUUGCAGAUCAGGGGUGGCAGGUUUCAGAUUGCACAGCGGAAGCUCUUAAGGCUUUGUUACUGCUGUCAAAGUUUUCAUCAGACGUUGCAGGUGAUCAGAUCGAAACCGGUCGCCUACAUGAUGCAGUGAACAUACUAUUAUCCUUACAGAAUCCAAAUGGUGGUUAUGGAACUUGGGAACUAGCUCGGACAUAUCCAUGGAUGGAGAUUUUCAACAUGACAGAAAUAUAUGCAGACAUCAUGGUGGAGCAUCAGUACGUCGAGUGUACCUCAUCAGUCAUCCAAGCGCUCGCACUGUUUCGUGAGAAGUACCCUGGGCAUCGGAAAGAUGAAAUUGAUCAGUGUAUUAGGAAUGCUACAGAAUUCAUCGAGAAGUUACAGAAUGAUGAUGGCUCAUGGUUUGGAUCUUGGGGUAUUUGUUUCACAUAUGGUACAUGGUUUGCUAUAGAGGGUCUAUCAGCCGUUGGACAGAGUUAUGGUAACAGCACCGGCAUUCGGAAGGCCUGUAAAUUCCUAUUGUCAAAGCAGCUACAUAAUGGUGGAUGGGGUGAGAGUCAUCUUUCAUCCAGAACCAAGGCAUACACGAAUCUGGACGGGGAGAAGUCACAUAUAGUGAACACUGCAUGGGCAAUGUUGGCACUCAUGAAAGCUGGACAGGUGGAAAGAGAUCCCACUCCACUGCACAAAGCAGCAAAACUUAUCAUGAAUAUGCAGUUGGGCAAUGGUGACUUUCCACAGGAGGAAAUGAUUGGAAGUUUCUUGAAAAAUGGCCCCUUGUGCUACAUGGCUUAUCGCAACAUAUUUCCUAUAUGGGCUAUUGGAGAGUACCAGAAAUUAGCUCAGUGUGACCUCCAAUGGCCAACCUUCUAGCUGACAGCAAGCAGAGACAGUCAUACAGUUCCAUCUGCUGGCAACUCUACUUGGCAAAAUUCGGCAAGCCUGGUGCCAUCAUCAUUUCUUGAACCCAAUUGCAGGUUUCAUGUGCCUUCAAGUAAAAAGAAAAGGAAAAUAGCACAGUGUAAUUACGGUGGCCCGAAUAUAUAUAAAUAUAGAUAGAUAGAACAAAAUUCUACAUUUAUAAUUUGAUUUUGGUAAUUGUUAGAGGUCCUUAUAGUUGCACAUUCUUUUUUUUAGAGGUUGAAUAUUCUUAUCGGAUCUUAUGUGCAAGAGAAAUGAAACAAAGUAACAGCAUUUCUUA